ACGCCCGAGGACUGUUCAGCGGGUUUGCCUUUUGGGCAGCAGUCAACAGACAGGAUUAGGACGGCACAAUGGAACCUGGCCCCAAAGAUCCGUUCUACAGCAUCCAGUCCAGGUAUUCACCGACUGGAAUCAGAGGCCAUCCAGGACCGUCAACCUACUAGAGGAUUCCAGUCAGAUUCAUUUGAUACCAACUACCAAAUAGCGCUGCUGGAACAAAAGAUUCAAGUUCAAGAAAUGACGCUGGAGGCAAGUUAUAAAGCAUGUGACAAACUGAAUGAACACAUUCGCGCUCUGACCGAGAAGACAACCAGUAUUUGCCCAACGGUUUCUCAGGUAGCUGAACGUGAAGACUUACUCUCAUGCCUGAUGACAGAGACAUGGAAACUGAAAAACUGUUACGACGAACUUCUUACUGAGAGAUUGCAGUCGGUGCACACCGAUUUGGAAACGGAGCUUCAAAGCGUGCGAAAAACACAUGAGAAGGCAAUAGACAAACUGAAGGGAGAGCUGGAGGAGAAAACUGCUACAGUCGAAAGUCUUCAAGCGGAACAGGAAAAUAUCAAACAGGACCAUGAACAGAUGAAGGAACGGCUCAGCGAACAAGUCAGCGACCAGCUACGCUACCUGUGCCACCAACACUUUCCCCUAUAUGAAACUUUGUUUCAGGAUUCUCGACUUCUGAAAGAAAUUUCCACUUUUCGUGAGCGUCUGGACGAGCAAAUUGGUUAUGCAAAGCAACUGGAGGCAGAACUAGCUCGAAGUCGAUCUACCAAUGGCCAACUGGAGGCAGGGUUACAGGAAAUGCUUGAACGUAGUGCCGCUCACAACCACGUCCACGAGCAGGAAAAGACCGUCUUGGAAGAGUCUAAGCAGAUUGCACUAACUGCAGCGAAGUCGGAAAUUCAACAGCUGCAGAAGUCAGUUGACUCCAAAUCACAAGAGGUGCUAGAAAUGGCAGCGGAACUGUCUCAUGCGCGACAGAAAAUCACCGACUACCAGGAUUGCGAACUACAAGCCCAUUCGUUGUCAGUGUUGAAGUCGGAGCAUAAAAUUGCCAUUUCCUCAUACGAGGAUCGGCUAUCGCAUCUUCAAAUGACGAAUGAAAACCACAAUCAGGAAAUUUCCUGUUUGAAAAAGAAUGUAUCCCGCCUACAAGAACAACUGACGCAAGAAAGAACACUUUGUGAAUCGCUCAGGGUGGAGUUAGACACUUCAAGAAAUAUGCUGGUCAGUGCUCGAGAAGAGCUUGUGAAGCGCUCUGAAAAGGAAGAAGGAUUAGAGCAGUGUCUUGAUCAGCUGAGAACAAAACUUGGUGAAGCUGUUCUUCACAGAACUGCUGCUGAGAAGGCUAACGCAUCUGUGAAAGAAGAGGUACAAAAUCUUGAGCUUCAUUUAGACAGGCUUCAAUCACAAGAAUCAUCAAUGCAAAGUCGAAUUAAAGAGCUCGAAGCACAGUCAGAGUUGGAUCGGAAGGCAAAGACGCAGAUGCAGGAACAGCUUAUAGGUGUAUCGGAUGCGUUUAGGACGCUGGAAAAAGACCAUGAAGAGAAAAUAAAAAAGUUAGAGCAUUAUGAAGGCUAUGUUGCUGGAAUACAAAUAGAGAUGAAGCGCACGCAGUCGUCUUUGGAACAGACCACUAAAAAAAUACAAAAACUUGCUGGUGAACUGAGAAUGACGGACGAGGCUCGUCGAAAGUUGGCAAAUGAAUUGGCUUUCCAAGAAAGUAAACACAUUGAAAUGAAAAAGACUUUCGCUGAAUACCAGUCACUGCAUAGGACUCCAGAGACAACGGUUCAACAACUACGCGAAGAAGUCGAGCGGCUAACCAAGGAAGUAGCACAUCUGGAAUCAGCCUGCAAAAGCGAAACCAGCCAGUGUGUUGAGUUGGCAACCGAACUGGCAGCACAACAGCGUAAUUGUGCUGUCCAUUCAACAGAAAUGGAUGAACUAAGGAAAAGGUUAAACGAAACUCAAGCCGCUUCGGAUAAAGCUCAACAAGAACUAGCCAAACUCAGAACGGAGACGGGUGAAAUUCAAGAAGAACUUCAGAGAAAAAACCAAUCAAAUGCUGAUCUGUACGCCGAGCUCGGUGGUAAAAAGGAAGCAUUAAAAGAGGCAAAGUUGGAACUGAAGAAAAUCAAGCGGACAUCGGAACAAACGGAAAUGAUGUACCAAGAACUGGAACUAAGUGUUCAACAACUGACACGUCAACUGGAACAGUCUGAAAGCUUGAGAAAUGCAUCGGAACAGGCAAGCAAUCUAGCAAUGGUGGAAGCUUCUUCAAGUCGAAUCGAAUUGGCCAAACAAACUGAAACAGUUAAAAGGCUUCAGAAGCUUCUGGAUGCAGCUAAUCAGCGUAUCGUGUCAUUGGGGGCUGAUAUUUCCAACAAAGAAGUUGAAUUGAAGGAGCGGGCUCAAGAGCAAGAGAAUAAAAUGGCGACCAUUCGACAAGUGGAGUUGGAGAAAUCGCACUUGAAACAGUCUUGUACAGAGUUGGAGGGAGAAGUUAACAUGUUACGUGACAAAUUAAGUUCUGUACACUCGGAGCUGAUCAAAACGCAAGAGAAUCUGGAACAGUUCAGAUCCGAACGGGAUAAUGAAGACAGUUCGCGUGAUCGAAUGAAGCUAGAGCUAAAAAAUCUCCGAGAGACUCAUAGUGUUCUUGCAGAAGAAUCAACUCAACGAGAGGCGCAGAUUGAGACGCUUCAACAGAGGAUUUCAGAAAAUCAGACCAAAAUCCGUGAACUGUCCUCAUUAGUGUCGGAACGAGAUGAAAUAGUGGAAAAGUUAAGGAAUGAUUUGCAAACCAUAUCUCGAGAGAAGGAUGCAAUUUCAGGCCGUCUACGCGAGAGGGAAUCAGCCGCCCAUUCUCUGAAGAGGGACCUUGAGGCCAGCAAAUUACGGGCAGAUAGUCUUGCUGAAAUCUUGACCAACAAAGAAGCUGAACUAAUUGAGCUGAGACGAAAACUGGAGCUGUCCGAGAAGCGGUUGGAUAAGUGCAAGGAGGAGAACAAUCAGCACACAGCCAGACUUUCCUUAUUGGAAAACCAAGUAAACACGAGAACCCAAGAGUUGCAGCAGACUCGAGUAUUGGAGAAGACCAGUUUUGUCGAACCUUCACUCGAUCGAAUUCGUUCAGUUCAGCUCGUGGAGCAACUAAAGGAUUUAAGACAACAACUAAUGGAGUACAAGGCGACGAGUAUGACAUCUAAGACCGAAAGGGCUCAUUUGCAAGAAUUGGUCAAUCACUUACAAGGUGAGCUAGCAGCUCGGGUGGAUGAACUGAGACAGUCCAAGUUGGAAAUCGAUCGGAUGCGGCGACAGCACGAAAGUGAUUUGGAAACCACGCAGUCCAGUCUACAUGAGAAGUUGCAACAGAUGGAGGACAAGUGGAACGACGCCAACACAAAAGUGAAGCAACUUGAGGCCGAAUUGGAGGUGUGCAAAAUUAACGGGAUCCCGUAUUUGAAUUCGGAGUCAAAACUCGAGGAGCACACAGCUCUACAGACCGCUGUGGAAGCUCUUGAACGUGAGAAGAAAAAUCUAUGGAAUUUGCUGGAUGAGACGAGGAAUGAACGAAAUUCACUAAGGGAACAAUUGAACAGAUUAAGAGAAAGUUUUGAGGAGGAAGUGGAGAAACACAAGAAGACUAAAGUUGCCUUGGAAAGUAAGUUGGAUCAGAAAGCUGAGGAACUGGCUCAGCUACUCCAAAACCACACGAGUGCAGUGAAAAGCGACGGAUAUAGCCAAGACAGUUGUAAAGCCAAUCGCGAGCCAAUCGAGCAGGCCGCAAUCAAGCUGAUGUCGGAUUCUGAUGAAUGGACAGGUUCGGAAGAACUCACUAGGUAUUCACCACAGUAUUUCCGAAGUUCCUGGACACGAAAAUACACUAAUCUCACCGCAGACCCACGGUUGGAGUCGAGAGUGGCUUCUUUGAAGAUUGCGAAUCAGCGCCUGCGGGCCGAAGUACAGGCCGCGUGUGAUGCGGUAAGAACAGCAGCAGGGAAAAUGCAAUUGGACGAUGAAGUCACACGUGAUCCUGGUGAUCCACGUUGGCAUGUUUUUCCACGGUUGGAGUCGAGAGUGGCUUCUUUGAAGAUUGCGAAUCAGCGCCUGCGGGCCGAAGUACAGGCCGCGUGUGAUGCGGUAAGAACAGCAGCAGGGAAAAUGCAAUUGGACGAUGAAGUCACACGUGAUCCUGGUGAUCCACGUAAAUCCAUCGUGCAG